ACGGAGCAUGCGCAACACAGAUUCCGUUGCCCUAGUGGUGGAAUUAUGCUAGGCCGGCAAGUAACAAGCCGAGAUUGUGCGCAUGCGUAAUAGGCCGAGAAAGAGCCGGGGAGAAAUACAGAACGGAGACUUAUGCUGUAUACGCAUGCGCUGUUGAACAAGUGACUACGUAGUUGUGGAAAGGAAAGGCGUAAGUCGUAUGGCGGGUCGAUUAAACUGCUAUAGCCAAAAAUGAGACGAUCAGCAGCUCCAAGUCAAUUGUUGGGUCAUUCAGCCAAAAAGCCAAGAUUUAUACCUCCAGGAAAAAUCCUGCAGAAAACAUCUGAAUAUGUAGAUCCAGAAAUUAAAACAGAUGAGGUGUGCGAGAGACAAUUAUGUAGCUCAACUUCUGUAAACAUUUGUUCUACAACUUCUGGCUUUCAUUCUUCUGUAACUGUAAAUUCUAAGGAAGAAGAAUUGCCCUGUGAAAACAAGAAUAUGAUGAUUGGGCAUUUGAAAACUGGAAGGAAAUCACUGUGCAAAACAACAGUAGAUCCAGCAGCAAGAGAAAAAGCAGGACACCCAGAGGAGCCCAUCUGCCUUGCCAAAUAUUUCAGUGUUGUGUGGUGCAAAGCCUCAAAGAAAAAGCACAAGAAGUGGGAAGGUGAUGCUGUUCUUAUAGUGAAAGGAAAGUCUGUGAUGCUCAAGGAUAUGGAAGGCAAAAACAUUGGAAGAGGCACUGGAUAUCAGUUCAAAGUUUUAGACAAUCUCACUGAAGGUCAGAGUCUGAUGAUUGGAAGCAAAGAAAUUGAAGUGAUGGGUGUGAUAUUGGAAGAGGACUUUAAAAGUGGCAAGUGUUUUCUGUCUGGUCUGGAGGCCACAGAAGAAAUUUGGAAUUCCCCAAUUGCUUCAGCAAGAUGGUUUUGUAACCCUUUCAAAAAUGUUUCCAAAGCCAAUACUAAAGAAAAUUGGUCUAACUGUAAACCACGUCAUGAUCCGUUCGCUCCAAAUUCCUUAGUUAUGCCAUAUCCGGGCCCAAGUCACCAGCGCUUGUUUAACAAGUCACAUUUGCCUGUUGUGGAUGUGGUUGUAGACCCUUACAUAACAAGCCAUCUUCGCCCACAUCAGCGAGAAGGAAUUCUAUUUCUUUAUGAAUGUGUGAUGGGAAUGAGAGUGAGCAAUAGGUUUGGCGCCAUCCUUGCAGAUGAAAUGGGUUUAGGAAAAACACUGCAGUGUAUUUCACUCAUCUGGACACUCCUGCGCCAAGGACCUUAUGGAUGCAAGCCUGUAAUAAAACGAGCCUUGAUAGUAACUCCUGGAAGUCUGGUGAAGAACUGGGGAAAGGAAUUUAAGAAAUGGUUGGGAAAUGAGAGAAUCAAAGUGUUCUUAGUUGAUCAGGAUCACAAAGUGGAAGAAUUCAUCAAUUCCCCCCUUUAUUCAGUCCUGAUCCUUAGUUAUGAGAUGUUGCUACGGUCUGUGGACCAAAUUCAAAAGACAGAAUUCAGCCUUGUCAUCUGUGAUGAAGGACAUCGUUUGAAAAACAGUUCUAUUAAGACAACCGCUGCUCUUCUCAGCCUCUCCUGUGAAAGAAGAAUUAUUCUUACUGGUACUCCAGUACAAAAUGAUCUUCAAGAGUUUUAUGCUUUAAUAGAAUAUGUAAAUCCUGGAAUACUUGGUCCUUUAUCUGCAUACAGAAAGGUGUAUGAGGAGCCUAUUCUUAGAUCACGAGAACCUUCAGCAGCUGAGGAAGACAUUGACUUAGGUGAGAAAAGGGCAGCAGAGCUGAUGCAUCUAACAGGACUCUUCAUUCUAAGAAGAACCCAAGAGGUCAUCAACAAAUUCCUGCCCCCCAAAAAGGAGAGCAUACUUUUCUGUCGUCCAACUGUGUUGCAGCUUGCUCUUUAUAGAACUCUUUUGAACUCUCAGAUUGUUAGAUCUUGCCUACAAGGAAGUUUGGAGAAUAGCCCACAUUUAAUAUGCAUUGGGGCUUUGAAAAAACUUUGUAACCAUCCCUGCCUUCUCUUGAAAACAAUACAGAAGAUAGAAUCUGAGUCUCGUGAGAACCAAGAUCAAACAAACCUUUAUGGUGGUUUACGUGAUGUUUUUUCUCAAGAAAGUGCUCAGACAAAUUUCUCUGAGAGUGACUCAGGAAAGUUGAAGGUGCUAACGCAGAUGCUGGCAGCAAUUCAUGAACGUGGACCUUCAGAAAGAGUCGUUGUGGUAUCUAAUUAUACACAGACGUUAAAUAUAUUACAAGAAGUAUGCCAACGACGUGGAUAUCCCUAUACUAGACUUGAUGGCAGCACCCCUGUGUCCCAGAGACAACAGAUUGUUGACAGUUUCAAUAGUAAAUUUUGCCCAGCCUUCAUCUUUCUAUUAAGUUCAAAGGCUGGUGGUGUAGGUUUGAACCUUGUUGGAGCAUCUCAUUUAAUCCUGUAUGAUAUUGACUGGAAUCCAGCAACUGAUAUUCAGGCAAUGGCCAGAGUGUGGAGAGAUGGACAGAGGCACACAGUUCAUAUUUACAGACUACUCACUACAGGCACAAUAGAGGAGAAAAUCUAUCAAAGACAAAUCAGCAAGCAAGCUCUCUCUGGAGCGGUUGUAGACUUUUCCAAGGGAUCUGAGCAUAUCCGUUUUUCUGUUGAAGAACUUAGAAACCUCUUUACAUUGCAUGAAGAUUCCAAUUGUGUGACCCAUGAUUUGCUGGAGUGUAACUGCAUGGGAAAGAAAGAUAAUCAAGGUUGUCCUGUGAUCCAAGAUGACCAGAGGAGCCAAAGUGGUGUGAAAGUCAAAAAGUCUCUGACUAUGUCACAGCUGAUGCAAUGGAAACACUUUUGUGUGGAUCACGAAAAUCUCCCUGAUCCCUUCCUUGACAGGAUAAAAGACGACCUUACAUUCAUUUUCCAAAAUAUAACAAGUUGAGAGCAAGUUCUUAGUUGCAGUGAGCUUGUAUUCAUUAGGGUAUUAUCAUUUUUAACAGCAGCAGCAGCAGUAUUAUUAAUAAUAGGAUUACUGAGGAUAAAGAGCAUAUAUCAAGGUUGACACUGUAUUAUUCUUUUAAUCCUUAAAAUAAACUGGGGGAGGGAUUUCUUUGCUACCCCUUUUUCUCACAGUGUCACAUCACUCUAACAAUUUCACAAUAUAUUAUACUUCAGUCUAACCCAUCCAAGAUGUUUUCUUCAACUGAUGAUAAGAACAAACAGAGACACGGCUUUCUCUUAAUCGUGGUUAUUUCUCUCCAUCAAUAAAUAAGCCUGGAUUUGUUCUCAGAAUUAGUGUGUCAAAGAAGAUAUAUUGCAUUAUAUAAUUAUGAGAUAAUUACAAUUUCUAAAUAGUGGGAAAGCACUAUUUUCUUCCUCGGGGAAGAAACAUAUUUGCCCGUGUCCCUUUAGCAACUGAGAUUUCAUCAGAUAAUAAAGAAAUGUUUUCCUGUCAUAUGUGUUCCAUGAAUAACUUGUUUGAUGUACAUAAUUAGUGGCAUGGUUCUUCUCUUCAUUUAUUCCUUCAUUAGCAUUUUUCUUCCUGUCCUAGUAGAAUGAAUAAUGCGUCAUUUCCAUCCAUUGGUUUAAUUGCCCUAGUCAUGGCCUCUAGACACAGUUGAAGCUAUAUAUUUCAUUUCUUGAUCUUAGCUUCUCAGUUCUGCUUCUGUUAAAUUCAUUAGGAAGAAGGCUGUUGCUCAGUUAAAAAUAACAGAUGUUUGGCCUGCAGAAAGCUAACCUCUUUUGAAAAGUGAUCUACACAUUCAAGCAUAUCUGCUCUAUGGCUUUGACUCUACAAUGUUACCUUUUUAAAUACAGUGACUGUUCAAUCUAUGCUGAAACCGUCAAAAUGCAGGGCUGGGUGGUGUUUACAGGAAAGGAUUGUUUGAAGAUUCUUGGACAUCUCCCGAACGGCUAGUUCUCUCUGAUUUAUGACAUUCUGUUUUUCUAUUUAAUAUCCUUAUUUUAUCCUUGAUAAAAUAAAUCUGUUCAGACAACUGAAUAUGUGGAGAUUGGCAAAGUAUGAUUAGGUAAGGAGAAGGUUACAAAUCUACUCUGAAAGGCCUCCUGCACAGGUCCACUUCUGUAUUUGUUGAGAAUGUAGGGAUUUCCCUUUAAGUAUUUAUUUCUGUCCAAAGGUUGCUGCAAUGGUAGCUAUCAUAACAGGCUUAUUUAUAGGAUACAAAACUUUCAAAAUUUCAGGCAAUUUACAUCAGCAAGAUAUCCACAAAUAUUUUCCAUCCUCAAAUGUUU